AACAACUUCCCAGGCUCUGGGCUGAUCCCAGGAAUCCAGAAGGAGCUUCUUCCCAAGGGAAAUGUUGCUGUGUGCCUGGAUCCUGGUGCUGGCCCUGGCUGGGGUGUCCUACGGAGCUGGGGCUGCCCAUGAAGCCUGCAGGACAGCAGAGCUGGCCGACGUUCUGUUCCUCGUGGGACAAUCCCAGGGCGCGGGCAGGGAGAGCUCCCGGCUGCUCCGGGACUUCGUCGGCAGCACGGCGCGUUCCUUGGAGAACCCGGGAAUGGGGAAAGGAGGGAUCCGGCUGGGAGUGGCGCUCUACGGGGAGGAACCAAGGAUGAGCAUUGAGCUCACAGACCCCGCGACCGUCAGGGAAAAGCUGGCUGGAAUUCCGGAUCCAUCCCUGGGAGGCAGCGGCCUGAGGACGGGAACAGCCCUGGCCUUUGCCACCCGGAUCCUGUCCCGGCUGGACACACGGAGAGAGGAGGCGGCAAAGGUGGUUGUUCUGAUCACGGAUGGGAAAUCCAGCGAUUCCGUGGAAGCCGAAGCCCAGGCCCUGCAGGAUCUGGGGGUGACGGUGUUUGCUGUGGGAAUCAAGGAUGCCGACAGGAAGGAGCUGAGCGGGAUCGCCUCGGAGCCGGCGGCGGAGCACGUGCUCCAUGUGGAGGAUUUCCAGCUGCUCCCUUCCGUGGGCCCCAAACUCUCCCGGAGGCUUUGCUUCGUCGCCUCGGAGCCACCACGACCUGUCAAGACCAUGCAAGCUGAGAAGAUCCUGGGCCCGCGGGACCUGCGGGUGAGCGAGCACGGCCACAGCUCCCUGCGGCUCACCUGGAUUCCGGCCACCGGGAAGGUGAUGGGAUACCGUGUCCGUGUCCACCCGCUGCUGCCCUCGGGGCAGCCGGAUCCGGAGGAGCAGCGACAGCUGGAGGUGGGAGGUGACACCAACACCCUGCUGGUGACAGGCCUGAGGCCCAGCACCAAGUACGUCCUCACCGUGAGGGCCACCUACGGAGACGCCCUCGGAGAACCCGCGGCUGCCAAGGGGAAAACGAGCCCCGUUCCCCCCGUCACCAACUUCCGGGUGGUGGAAGAAGGACCUUUCAGCCUGAAGGUGGCCUGGACCCCUCCCCCUGGGAAACUGGAGGGCUACAAGAUCUACAUCCCCAGGAGUUCUUUGGAAAGAACCUUCUCCUGUUUCCUCUUCCCAAGAGUUCUUUGGAAAGAACCUUCUCCUGUUUCCUCUUCCCAAGAGUUCUUUGGCAAAGAACUUUCUCCUGUUUCCUCUUCCCACGAGUUCUUUGUGGCCUCAAGCACCGUCCGGAUGCUGAACGUGACUGAGAUUUCCACCAACAGCCUCCUGCUCUCCUGGGAUUCCGUCGCCGGAGCCACCGGCUACAGAGUGGCUUGGGGUCCUACCCCAGAAUUCCUUGGCAAAGACCGUCCCCGCCACGUGGCCCUGGGCAGGUUGGCGACAUCCCAGCAGCUCCGGGCCCUGGCUCCCGACACCGAGUACGUCAUCUCCGUGUCCGUGCUCUUCGGAUCCGCCGAGGGCCCCGGGAUCAGCACUUCGGCCAGGACAGCUCCCCUGGGCUCCGUCCCCAAUUUCAGGGUGAUGUCCCUCACCAGCACCAGCCUGUCCUUGGCCUGGGGGGCCACAGCAGCUGCCACCAAAUUCCGAGUCACCUGGAGCGCCGUGGGAGCGGGAAAAGGAAAGCAGGUUGCCAAGACCCAGCUCCUGGGCAGCAGAGUGUUGGCUCAUCGGAUCGACCACUUGGAGCCAAACACCCCGUACAGGGUCGGAAUUCGGGCUGUUUUUGGCCGGACUGAGGGACCAGAGGUGACCCUGACCCACCACACAGCCCCUCCUGCAGAAUCCCAGCCCAUCCAGCCCAUCCAGGACCUGAGGGUCACCGACACCGCUGGGAGCAGCUUGAAGCUCUCCUGGAAGAGGCUUCCUGGGAUAACUCACUAUAAGAUAUCCUGGGGGCCAGCCAACGGUGGCUUGGAAUCCUCCCAGCUGGUUGGGGCAGAGGCAGCUUCCUUCACCAUCCCCGAGCUGAAGGAGGGCACCUCCUACACCAUCCACGUGUCCGGAAUGAUCCGAGGGCGGGAGGGAACCCCCGUGGUCAUCACGGCCAAAACCUCGGGAAUUCCCGGAGAGUCGCCGAGCGCUCCGGCGGCUCCGAUGACACUGGAUCCGAGGAGAACUCCGUCCAUGGCUCCCGGCAGCACAGGGGACACUCUGCUCCCAGUGGCCACCUCUCCUCUUCCAGUGGCCACCACCACAAAGUCUUCAAUGAGCCCAGAGACCCCCCAGGCCACCACCGGCGUGUCCCCAUCGCCGACAACUCCCCCCGGGCCCGUCUGCGGGAAGCUCCGAGCGGACGUCGCGUUCCUGGUGGACGAGUCCUCGAGCAUCGGGCGGAGCAACUUCCACAAAGUGAAGGAUUUCCUGUUCCGGGUCGUCUCCUACUUCCCCAAGAUCGGCCCCGAAGGGACACAGGUGGCCCUUGCCCAGUUCAGCGAGGAGCCCAGGGCAGCCUUUCACUUCCAGCGGCACCGCGACCGAAACGGGGCCCUGGGAGCCAUCAAGGGGCUCAACUACACGGGGGGCAACACCAAAACAGGUCGCGCCAUUUCCUUCGCGCUCCGGGAGUUAUUCCAACCCUCCCGCGGGAUGAGGCCGGAAUUCCCUCAGGUCCUGCUGCUGGUGACGGAUGGACCAUCCCAGGACGACGUGGGGCCCCCGGCCAGGGCAGCCCAGGCUUUGGGCAUCCACAUCCUGGCCGUCGGAAUCUCGGGAGCCGAUCCCGUGGAACUCAGCCGGAUCCUGCCGCGGGAAAACCCCCGGAAUGUUGGGAACGUUUUCUACGCCGGCACCUUCGAGGACCUUCCCCAGGUCCUGGGGGAGCUCAUCGAGGCUCUUUGUUCCCACCCUCUGCUCCCGGCUGGAAAGGUUGCCAAAAACGAGGCCCCGGAGCCCUUUGGUGACACGGAGCCCAAGGCCCAGGACCCUGAUCCGUCAUCAACCCAACCACACAUCCCAAAAGAGCAGGAGCCUUGUGGGCCUUGGUGUUCCCAGAGCUCCAGGGCUCCGGCAGCUCCCAGAGGCUCCGACCCCAACGGCUCCACCACGAAGGGGGAGAAGGGGGAGAGGGGACUCCCUGGGAAGGAUGGAAUUCCCGGGCUGCCGGGCAGGCCGGGCCGGGCGGGUCCUCCCGGUCCCCCCGGAGUCACGGGUAUUCCCGGCGUCCAAGGCGAUGUUGGAUCUCCCGGCUACCCAGGACCGGCGGGGCCAAAAGGAGACAGAGGCGAGCCGGGAUACGUCCUGGGAGGAGUGGAGGUGAUUCCCGGCCGGAAUGGGCAACCGGGCCCCCCUGGACCCAAAGGGCAGCCAGGUGUUCCUGGGGCGGCAGGACCGCCGGGAUCACCGGGAAUGCCGGGACCACCGGGAAUGCCGGGACCUCCAGGGAUCUCCAUCAAGGGCCAACCAGGGGAUUCAGGAGCCAGGGGCCCUCGGGGGAGGAGCGGCCUCAAGGGGGACAGAGGAGGCCCAGGAGAGCCGGGAAAACCUGGUUUGCCAGGCCCUGUGGGGCUCCGUGGAGUUCCUGGACUUCCUGGACCACCGGGAGAAAAGGGAACGGCGGGAACGGGAAUUCCUGGCGCUCCAGGCUCCAAGGGGGAAGAAGGAGAGCAGGGGCCGACGGGACCUCCGGGAGCACCAGGACCGAAGGGAAUUCCAGGAGCUCCAGGGCAGAAGGGAGAGCAAGGAAACCCGGGAAUUCCAGGUGCUCCGGCUGUGGGGGUUUUGGGACCUCCAGGCAAAAAAGGGGCCAAGGGAGAUCCUGGAGCCCGAGGAGAGCCAGGAAUCCCGGGAGACAAAGGGGAGAAGGGAAGUCCAGGAUUUGGGAUUCCCGGUCAGCCCGGGCUGAAGGGAGACACGGGAGACAGGGGAAAUGUGGGUUUGUCUGGAAAACCGGGUCAGAAGGGAGAAGCUGGAGAACCAGGAGUGAGAGGAAUCAGGGGCCCUCCUGGAAUCCCGGGCCGACCCGGAGAGCGAGGAAUGAAAGGAGACACGGGACAACCUGGAAAGGAUGGGGAGCCUGGACUGCCUGGAAUUCCUGGAAGUGUGAUAACUUCCUUGGAGAACAUCCUGAAAGGAGACAAGGGGGAUCCCGGGAAGGACGGAUUGAGAGGGGAAAGAGGCCCCCCAGGCCCAAAGGGAGAACCUGGUCCACCGGGCAGAGCCGUGGAACUGGAGGACCUGGAGAAGCUCUUGGAAUCCCACGGGAUCAAGCUGGCCCUGCUGAAGGAACUCUCGGACGCGCUCCUGCGGGCCGGGCCGGACGGGCUCCGGUGGCAGUUGGGGACAUCCAGGACGAGCCAGAGCUCCAGGAAGGGCCAGGCAGGCCUGGCUGGCACCAGCCACGGCGAUCCUCUGGGGUUGGAUCCUUUUCCCAGUGUCCUGGGCAGUCCUGAGGGGCCAAGAGAAGCCCAGAGCCUGGAGCUGGAACCUCUGGAAUUGCCGGUGUCCGGAGGAGUCUCCAAGGGUCCACCUGCUGGUGGUGCUGAACCCAACCACCAGUUCCUGGGAAACCCUCCUGAAUCCUUGGAGAAAACACCCGAGGAAAGCCAGGAGGAGAGAGACUCGAGAGGGAGAAACUCUUCUCUCCUCGGGGGCUUGGCUGUGCCCCCAAAACUCCCAGGGGAUGAUCUGCAAGGAAAUCAGUCCCUGGAGCUUCCCGAGCCCUUGGAAAAGACAGAGGAAGCACAACCAGAGCUGGAGGCCAGCCAGGAAAACCGGGAUUCAGGGAACGGCUCCGCAUUCCCGAGGCGCAUCCGAACCAGGAGAUCUCCCGCGGAACACACGGAAAAAAUCCCCUUUCCCAACCCUUUGGAAGAUCCCGGAGGAGCCAACGCCCCUUUGCCGGCGGCUCCGGCCCCGAUCCAUCCCCCCGGAGCUCCGGGAGCUCGGAAAUUCCCGCCGGGAUCCACGGAGGAGGGAACGAUCCCGGCGGAUCCCCCUUCCCGGGGAAAAAAGGGAGAAACGGGAGCUCCCGGAAUGCGCGGGGACAAAGGAGAAAAGGGACAGUCCGGAGAGGCGGGAAAACCCGGAGAAAAGGGCUCCAAAGGGGACACGGGAGAAGAAGGUCAGAAGGGAGAACCAGGAAUUGGGUUCAGAGGUCCCAUUGGUCAGGCUGGGCCACCUGGAUUUAAGGGCGAGCCGGGAGCCCCGGGACCUCCAGGAGCUCAGGGCAUCCAGGGCAUCCACGGCAACGCCGGAAUUCCCGGAUCCCAGGGGGGCAGAGGGGCUCCAGGUCUGCCUGGGAUGCCGGGACAGAAGGGGGAACGCGGGAGGAGAGGUCGGAAUGGAAUCCCUGGGCCCGCGGGAGCGUCGGGAUCGCCGGGAAAAGAGGGGAUUCCCGGGACACCCGGACCCAAAGGCAACAAGGGAGAAUCCGGCGUCGGAGCCUCCGGCCCCAGAGGUCCCCGUGGAAUUCCUGGCCCUCGGGGUGACGAGGGCCUCGUGGGACUCCGGGGUCCCCUGGGAAUGAUGGGUCUCAAAGGAUUCCCGGGAGCCAAAGGGGAAAGAGGCGAUCGGGGACUUCUGGGAGCCAAAGGAGAAAGAGGGGACACCACGACUAUUUUUGGACCUCAGGGCUACAAAGGCAGCAAAGGAGAUCCCGGUGAACAGGGACUGCCGGGAUUUGACGGAGACAAAGGAGAGAAGGGAGAGGAUGGACCUGUGGGAGACAAGGGGGUCAAAGGAGAAGCUGGAGCCAAGGGGGCGAUGGGGAUUUUCGGAGCCAGAGGCCCCGUGGGACAGAAGGGAGAGCCGGGGGAGCCGAGUCAGCCGGGCCCUGCCGGGGCCGCGGGUCUCGACGGGAAGAACGGGAACAAGGGAGCCAAAGGGGACAGAGGAUUCCAGGGGCAGAAGGGGAAACCGGGAUGGAAAGGUGAUCCCGGGACCGCCGGUGACGCCGGGCAGAAAGGAGCAAAGGGAUUCCCAGGACUUCCAGGCCUCGCCGGCGCUCCCGGAGCAAAAGGCACCAAGGGAGAAAGGGGAAGUCCUGGAAAACCGGGAACGCCGGGAUCGGAUGGACGGCACGGAGCGAAGGCGAGCGUCUGGAAUUGUGGGAUCACAGAGGGUGGAUUUGGGUGGGAAGGGACCUUAAAACUCCCCCAGUUCCAUAAAAAAACUGGGAUUCAACCAGGGAAUGCUUCUCAACCGGCUUCAUCCACCCCCCCGGCCCUGUUGGAAUUCUCAAGGAAUGGGAAUUUUUCACGGAAUUUUUCCCUCUCCUCAGCGAAUAACUCCGUGACCCAAAGACAAGGAAAUUCCUCGUUCAUCCAGGAAAUUCCAGCCUUGCCAGGGCCACAUCAGCCACCAUUUUUUCCUCUUGGCUCCUUCCAGGGGGAACGGGGAGCGGCGGGAAACGCCGGAGCCUCGGGAAUUCCGGGGGAGAAAGGAGAAAAGGGAGCCAAAGGAGUUCCUGGACUGGGAGGCUUCAAGGGACGGAUGGGAUGGCCCGGGAAGGCCGGAAUUGCUGGAGCAGACGGACCUCAAGGGCCACAGGGAGAACCAGGACCACAGGGGCCUCCGGGGAAAAGAGGGAAAAGCCGGAUCGGCCCCAGGGGACCCCCGGGAAUGGACGGACCCAAGGGAGCCAGGGGUGAAAAUGGCCCGGCGGGACCCAAAGGAGAAAAGGGAGACCCUGGGCUGACUGAGGAAGAGGUGAAGGAGGUGGUGAGGAGCGAGCUGAGGUGCUCCGGGGAAAUGAGGGUGGAAUUCUGGGCCACAGUGUCUGGAAUCCCACUCCUGGAGAUGUCAGGAAGCAUUUGGAUGCUUGGAAGGGGGGGAAUAAAGGCUGGAAAACAGGCCCUGAAAGCGUUUGCUGCCUGGAAAAAUCAGGAUUUUGUUGGAAAAUCUUAUUUAUACCCGGAAAAACGGAGCGAACUCGGCCCUGCCUUUGGUGUCUUUGCAGAUUGUGGAGGGGAGUCGGGAAUGGUGCUCCUGGAAAAGGAGACGACUCCAGAGGAGGCAACAAAUCCCCGGGAGCGGGAGCAGAGCCAAGGAAUCCGCAGAGAAUUCCCGGCCUCCUGCCUGCAGCCCAUGGAUGAGGGAUCCUGCCAGGAUUAUUCCCUGCUCUGGUACUUCCACCCCCAGGCCAAGGCCUGCAGGCCCUUCCUUUUCGGGGGAUGCCGAGGGAACGGGAAUCGCUUCCCAUCCCGGCGGGAAUGCGAGCGGCGCUGCGGAGCCUCGGCAGGCAGAGGGAGCUGAGCAGCUGGAAUUCCCUGGGAAUUCAAAUCCCAGGGAAACGGAGCUGGGAGAAGGUUCUCCGGGACGUCUCGGACGAGCAGGACAAACCUUUGGACAGGAAAAGGUUGGGAAAACGGGAAUUCUGAAGAGGAAAUCCAGCGGGAUGAGGGGAGGGAAACACCCCUGGAAAGGGGGGAUGUCCAAAGGCUCCCGACUUCAUCCCACGGGAUGGGAAGGUGGGAAAAAAAAAACCCCGGAGUGUAUUUUUGGAAAAUAAAAGUGUGUCAACGCUGCGGAA